AUGUCAUAUAUACGAAAAAUUGAUUUAUGUAAUGAUAACAAGAGAACUAGGAAUAAAAAAAAUUCACUAGUAUGCCCUAGUUGUAUCGAAACCAAUGAUUAUUUUAACCUAUUUUCUAAAAAAAUAAAUCAAAUCGAAGAAAUUGUCGAUAAACUUCGUAAAAAUUCAAAUCUUCCAUCAAAAAAGGCAGAUCAAUUCUCAAUAUUUAACGCAAAAUUUACUCUAAAUAAUGUACCAUGCGAAUUAGAAUACAAUCUGUCAAAAUUUUCUUUAGAAGAUUUACAAAAACUCGUAAUUGUUACGACUCCAAAUUGCAAUAAUAAAUAUCCAUCUUCUAAUACAAGUAAUGAAAGUGAUAGCUCUGAAUAUUCAAAUAAUGAGAGCCCUUAA